AAGGUUAAAUGUCACAGGCAGGUUAUGUGCUUGUUUACGUGGCUUACGCAGGCAGAAAGUCCUUACUUUCUCCUGAAUUUGAGGGACAGGAACACUGGUUAUGAAUCAAGCUGUUUCUAAGAUAGGUUAGCUUUCAUCGUCAGUGAGAUAAGCUGUUGAUUUUCUUCAGAUUUUCGCCAGAUCAGCGCAAACAGACGACGUUUUCUGCAGCCGCCGUGCAUGGCGCUGAGACUUGUGGGUAGCGGAGGCAGCAGCGCAGCCGCAGUGUUGGUGGUGUCGUUCCUGGUGGGCGCCAAUGUUCGCAACAUCGGCACCAUGGCCUGGAAAUCACACGGAAAAAACAACGCCGACCUGAUCCGCCAGCUCAAAAAUAAUGGCAUCAUCAAGACAGACAGAGUUUUUGAUGCCAUGAAACAAGUAGACAGAGGCAACUACUGCAGAUUCAGUCCAUAUAUGGACUCACCACAGAGCAUAGGAUAUGGAGUAACCAUCAGUGCACCACACAUGCAUGCACAUGCCUUGGAAAUCCUGAAGGACCAUUUGCAGGAGGGCAGCAGAGCGCUGGACGUGGGGUCUGGAAGUGGCUACCUUACUGCCUGCAUGGCACUAAUGGUUGGCCCCACAGGUAAGGCUGUGGGAAUAGAUCACAUUGAUGAGCUGGUCAAUAUGUCCAUUGCCAAUGUCAACAAGGAACAUCCACAACUCUUAAAGACAGGACAGAUGAAGCUUAUUCUUGGAGAUGGUCGUGAGGGGUCUCCAGAAGAUGCACCAUUUGAUGCCAUACAUGUUGGUGCUGCAGCACCACAGAUACCACAGGCGUUGAUUGACCAGCUGAAGCCAGGAGGCCGGCUGAUCCUACCGGUGGGCCCAGCAGGUGGUAACCAGAACCUGGAGCAGGUGGACAAGCUGCCUGAUGGCACUGUACGGAAGAAGAACCUGAUGGGGGUGAUCUAUGUGCCACUAACUAGUAAGGAGAAACAGUGGCCAGGAAGUCGUUAUCCUCCUUGCAGACCUCCAGACUUCUGCACUUACUUGUAAAUUUCUGACUGUUGAAGCCUGGUACAAAACAGAGGUGAACUUUGAUAGGGGUGUUGCUCUAUGGAGUUCUGCUGUGCUGUGCCGUGCCGUGUCCCCAAACAACACUCAAGACUUCCAGCCAACAAUAGGCUGCCUACUCGCCACGCAUGACACACAACCUCGUUCAGCUUGCUGGGCAAGACAGCCAACCUAGUAACAUGGACAGUCACUAUGCUGCAAAGCAAGAUAACAUCAACCUCAGACUUUAUUCUCAUCCUAAGAUGUGGGAAUGGUCUGCAGUCCUAUAUGAUUUCAAAAUCAAACUAGAUACAUGUUCUCCCCUAACAGUUGAGAACUUAAGAACAUACUUCCAGUUGUCUUCAUUUGAUGUAGACAUUAGUUACACACAGUGAAUCAGUGGGGAAUCGGCAGACACGCCUAAGGCAAAGCUUGCUUGUGUGCUGUUAGCGCCAUUGUCUUUAUUUCCCUUCAUCUCUGUCCUAAAUAACAGCACCUGAGGGAAGAAGUGGACAAAGUGGGGUACUAACUUCCCACUCUAAAUUGAUCUGUCAUGAAAAUAUAUGGAAAAAAGUUUAGAAACAUUGAAAUGCUUGAAGUUAUGGCAGUUCUGACCUGUUUCUGUUUCAAGUUUGAUUUUUUUAUUAGAAACAGAAGUAAAUUUAUCAAUCCUUUGCAAAAAAACUCUUUGAUGACUGCAUUAUUAACUUUCAAAUAAAAUCAAUUCUUUGUGUUAUCAGACUUCAAGUCAAGUCUAGAAAGAAAUUGAUUUAUUUGAAAAGCACCUUUCUUCAGGCAACUUCCUCUCUAUGCUAAUGAUACUCCAAACAACAAACUUGCAAACCUUUCAGUGACAAGAGAAUAUCUAAAAUAGAAUAAAUUAGUUCACAGUUCUACAGUAGGUUUAUCGUAAUGCAAAUUGUUGUUUGGUGUCCCCUUUUUAUUCAGUGUUUUGACCAGCCGGGGUGCAUGUUCUCUUAUAUUGUUAUCUUAGAAUAAUGGUGUUGCUACACAUUUUGUCUCAGACAUUUUUGGAAAGAUGGUAUGGUUUUGAUAUGAGAUAUGCAUACAAUGACAAGCGGUGAAUUGUGAAUACUAGUAUUAGAAAUCAAUUUUGACUACUGAUGGUAUUUCAGGCCUUGGCACAAUUGUGUGAAAAUUGGAAAAAUUAUUUGCAUGAAAAUCUGCAAAGUUUACAAAAACUAAUGUCCUAGAUGACCCAGACCAGAGAAGAAGAAAACAUGGCUCUGGCAUUUUCCAACACAUUCUCCCACACUAUUCUGACUGGUCCUUCACUGUGAGCAGUAGUCAUUGCAGUAGUUUGUUUAACAUAGUACUAAGCUUUAAAGGUAUCUUUGCCGAGAUAUUUAAGUUGAAAUUUUUUUUGGUGUACUCUUUGCCCUGCCUCCCCUAGAUGUGAUGGCUUGUGCCUGAGCCAUUUGAAAAUGAGGGAAGCUUUUAGGGUGGAGGAAGGAAUUUUGAUACAUGUAGUUGGUCAUGUAUGUCUGAAGCAAAACCCAGUAGUAGCAUAUACUACUGGGAGGACUGUGCUUCAAGGUGCAGCUAAUGUGAUAGAUUUAGGUAAUAUGAAAGUGUGAUGGGGUGCCAUGGAUGGAAUGACUGUCCAGAACACUUACCUUAAGUCCAGUUUCAGGAAAGAAAAGUGACUGGCAGCUUGAUAAUACCCCCACCUGUGUGAAAUUUAUUUUUAAUCUUGAUCAAAAUGGUUAGAAACACACUCAACUCUCCUUGUUUUUCUUUACCCAUUUUUGUGGAAUAGCCCUGUAACACAGCCUUUUUUUUGUGAUCAGUUGUGCUGUAUACAUUAGAGUGGCAUGCUAUUAUUUUAUCCUCUAGUCUGUCUUUCAGUUGUUUAAACUUGUAUGAUUUAAAAUCUGAUGCCCCUCUGGGCCACUUUUCAACAGUAAGCCAAUGCUACUGUUUGUACAUGUACACAAGAAAAACAAAAAUGGGUCAUUGUAUGAUAUUAUGUUAUGUACCAAUGAAAGUCAAGUUGCCUGUUACUCUGUUUCUGUGUCUUCCCACCCUGGUUUGGUCUUGACUGAGCAGGCCAACAAGUUACAGUAGUAGUGUUGCAUUGAGCUAGUUGUAUAAAACAUUGAGCAGAGGAAAGGUUUUGUAGCUGUAAAUAAAUUACACAAACUUGUUUACAUUUUCCCUGCUUUGUGUAAAUGAAGAAUAUUGGCCUCGUUUGUGAAGGAAUUGAAGUACACCAAGGUGCAGGACAGUGCAGGAAAUGAACUUGGCAUUUAGAGGAUUUAGAUGGUCUUGAUAUGCUGCAAUUUUUUCUUGCAGAAUCACUGUACAUGUAUGUGUACAAAGCAAGCCAAUGUUCCUGGGGUUAUAUCAGAUCUCAUGUUGUGUACCUUUAUAAAAUGCUAUUAAAGACUCAAGCUACAUAUUGUGAAUAUACUGAUAGCAUGUGCUAUUGGUGUGUUGAGCAUUUAAUUUAUUUUUUUAGCCAAUAAAUAGUUGCAAAAAUUAAGGGUAGUAUUUUGUUCAUCCACUGCAAAGAAAGAUAAUAGGUACGAGUACAUGUUCAGCUCGGAAGAA